UAACAUUUUCUUCGUACCUACUGUUUACUGUUGUCAUCUCAUAAUGGCUACGUCGUGAGUGACUAAUUAAGCAACAUUCUCUCACGUAUUAUCUGCUGUCCAUGAUGAAUGCACGGGCACAGGUACUAGAAUUGAAAGUUGAGGGUCGUCAGAUAGAAGAAGCUGUUGCCAGUAUUUUUCAUGCUUUACUUUUCCAUAGAACAUUAGGAAAGUUUACAUGGCGAGAGGAUGGAUAUUCAAUUGGUACUGUUGGUAUGACAGAUAUAGAUUGUGAUUUCAUUGACUUUACAUAUGUUCGUGUUUCAUCAGAUGAACUGGAUAGAUACCUAAAGAAAGAAAUUGCAUCUUUUCGAGAUGCUUUGAGGAAGACAAAUGGUGCAACUACUGGUCAGAUUUCAUUAGAAUUCUAUGAGAAGAGGCGAAGUCGCUGGUUAUUUCAACAUGAAUCUGUUCCAUGGGAAAUUUGGACUCUAAAGUUAGAAGUUGUUACAUUAGAUAAAGAAUCUGAUCGUCAAGAACAGAGGGAAAAAUUAGGAGAAGAAUUAUCAGAGAAGGUUGUUCAUAUAAUAGAAGCAAUGAACAAGCAUGAGUAUGUUCCCAAAACACCAAAUUUACAAGAUUUGGAUCUUGUCUUUGAUACAAGUUACCCUGAUAUCCAACCAUAUCUAUUCCAAUUAUUUCAUCAUACUACAUCACCAACAUCAACAUUCUUACCAAAUCCAAUUGGAAAAAUCUUUAACAGAUCUCUUCAAAUGUAGUGUUUGAAGUAUUUCCAGCAUAGAACUUCUGAUGACAAUUGUUCACAUGAAUAUUGUCUUGUAAUUAUUCUCUUUUGAAUUAAGUUCAUUUAUAUAUUUUCAUAUUUUAUUUUCAGUCUUAUAUACAAUAAACUUUGCUCAUGAAAAAAACAA